AUGGCACAACUGCCCACGCGGUUCCCAUGCUGGUGCCGAGCGAUAUAUUCUUGGGGUGGGGAAUCAACAAAAGAUUUGGGAUUUGUUGAAGGCGAUUUGAUCGAAUGCUUGAACGCGGGCGACGGACAAUGGUGGAUGGGUCGAUUGCGCCGAGAUAGGCGCGCGGUGGGACUGUUUCCCUCCAACUUCGUCGAGCUUCUGAGUGAGGAUUUUGUGCCCGUGAGUCGCGAUACCAGUCCGAUGGUGCUGGCGGGCUCUUCGCCGAUCAACAACCCCACCUUCGCCCCGAAAAAGCAAAAGACCGUGUGGCGAAAACCAUUCCAGGCGCACAAGGAAGCCUCGUCGCCGGCUGCAGUGGCCCGCCGGGCAACUGAAUCCAGCCCAUCUGCCCCCGCGAUCCCACAAACACCACCUCGAGAUGGGGCGGUUCCGAGAAGCACGAAACCAUUACGCACACAUGCUUCAGCAGUGAAGAAUCAAGGGUCAGGUUCGCGGCCCUCGUCAGUGUCCUCCCGGCCCUCGUCGCGUGGGGCCUCUCCACGUGCAUCCGUUGAGCCUGAAAGGUCGCCUUCCUCGAUGUUACCCAGAGGGAGUGUGUCGUCUUCGCGUCAUUCGUCCACCGAGCCCUCUCCAUAUCAGUCGCAGGAGCGUCCGCUCACCAUGAUACCCAGGGGCAGUGUGUCGUCUUAUCGGACUCUAUCGCGCGAACCGUCCCCUAUGGUGCCCGCGCAAGAUCAUUCAUCUGCCAUUGUCCCGCAGGGUAGUGUGUCGUCUUACCGAGCUUCGUCUCGUGAACCAUCGCCAUUGCAAAUGCAGGAGUACCCGCCUUCCACUACGCCGCAAGGAAGUGUUUCUUAUCGUGGUUCUUCGCGUGAACCAUCUCCAUUGCACAUGCAGGAGUAUGCUCCCGCAAAUGUUUCCUACGGUGGUACACAAUCAUAUCAACUUCCAUCCCGAGAACCAUCGCCUUUAAUGAGACAAGAGUAUGCGCCGGCGCCUAUGACCCAUGGCAGUAUCUCAGGACAUCGUGGUCCUUCGCGAGCGCCGUCUCCGCUGCCUAUGCCAGACCGAACCCCUGCCCCCAUGCAACAUGGAGGCUACUCACCCUACCGCCCGUCGUCUCGUGAGCCAUCUCCAUUACAGAUGGAGGAAGAGCGUGAGGAUUCUCCACCUCCUCCACCGCCGCCCCCACACAGAGUAGCUAUAAGUCGCGGUGACUCCCAUUCGCCAGCGCCCCCAAUGCAUUCCCACGCACGCAGUCCCUCACCACAACCUCAAAUGUAUCAUUCACGCAAUCGUUCGCCACAUCCACCUAUGCACUCUUCUCAUCAUCGGGAUGUUUCUCCCCAACCUCCAAUGCAUCAAUCACGGAGUCAUUCGCCACAGCCGCCCAUGCACGACCACCACCGGCGUACUCCCUCCCCUCAGCCGCCUACCCGCUCGCGGCAGUCACGAUCACCUGCCCCUCUGCCCAUGAAUGACCGCUAUGUGAUAUUUGAUCGAACUCCAUCCCCAAGCGCAGCCUCGACACGCUCUGCGCUUUCAGCGACUUCGGGGCAGUCCGAAAUGCAUGGAAACACCCCGUCGCCUCUUCGGGAUGCGAUGGAAGAUGUGAUGACUUCAUUAGAGGAUAUGGGACUUCCGCGCGGUGCUCAACCUCCUUCUCCCACACCUCAGUUCCAUGACCCUUGGGCGCCAGAGGAAUUCGAUACAUCACAAGAACGAACUCCUCAGGCUAGUAAACGCCGGCCGUUAACAUCUAUGGGCUUCGAUGGAUACAAAGCACAGCCCCAGAGCGCACUUGGCCACAGAAACAGCGUGUAUGAACAAUAUGCGGACGGUCCGCCUCAACUGAACAAUUACGUGCAAAGAAUGGAGAGCCGUCUACGGCAAUUAGAAGAUCAGAACCGGUCUUCUGAGGACUCAAAGCCUCUCCCGGAGGACGACGAUGGGCCUCCUCCGCCUCCUCCUAAGCAUGCAACUUACCAUCCACGAAACAACUCACUGCCAGGAGGGAACUAUCAGCAUUUGCAUAAUCGACGUUCCGGCCACAAUCUUCGAGGAGAUAUUCUCAACCGGUCCUUCACCAACAAGUCCAGUGCAACUAACUCAUCUGCUGGUGUUCAAAGCAAUGGCACAUCGAUGACUAACAGCACAGAUAAGACCGGCCAGAGCGUCAUGAGUGGAUUCUCCGCAGGAGGAUUCAGCGCAACGAGCGCGGGCAGCUUUGCUCGACGAGGAGGUCAUGAGAGGCCGAACACAGCGAUGGACACGGUGCGGUCUCGAGGCUUCAGUGACGCACGCCCAGAAACGCCUUUCACCGGAGUUUCCUACCACUCCAGUCACAACUCUUCUCGUCAAGGCGCGUCUUCGGCCAUUCCAUGGUCAUCAACAGUGGAUCAGACGGACCACAGUGCAAUCUUCGGUGGUCUCUCUACCCCGAAGACCAAGAAACAAGGUUUCUUCAAGAAGAUAUUUGAAACGGCUAAGACCGGUGCGGCUAGCGCGAGGAGCAGUAUCUCAGCUCAUGGAGACCGAUCUGGAUCACCGAGCAAGAGUCAAAGAGGCAUAGAUGUGGUGUCGCCUCUUCUCACAUCCCAGUCAAACCGCGACAGUGCUCGGGAUAUGCCCGGCACUAGCACGCUUGAUUGGGUACAGGUUCGUCGCGACGUCAAUCGUGCCUCUUCGCCUAGCCGAAAUGAAAGAGUGGAAAGGGCAGAGCGUUGUCAAAUGCACGAUCACCCUGUGAUUUAUUCCGUUGAAGAAUUGUAUGAUACUGCGGAUGGCGAGGAAAGCAUUGAUGGGCAGCCGAUUACCGAGCCCACGAAUUUCAAUGCAGCCAAUUUGACCCUCGUUGACAAGAGCGCGCGCUUCAUCAGCAGUCUGCCGCCAUUGACAAACCCCGUGAGCCUUGCCCAGUCCUACAUCUGCCGGCCAUACAAGAGCGACGUCCAACGCCUGCGGGCCAUCUUCACAUGGGUCAGCGAGAAGAUCGCUUGGGAAGAGCCAGUUGAUGGUCUCGAGGUCGACAUGAAAAGACUGCUGCAGGCUAAACGCGGAACUCCGGAAGAGAUUGCGCUGCUGGUCCAUGAAAUGUGCGCGGCUGUUGGUCUCCACACCGAAAUCAUUCGAGGAUUUUUGAAGACUCCCGGAGAUGUUCUCGAUCUGGACAGCCUUUCCCGCCCGAAUCAUUGGUGGAACUCGGUCCUCGUCGAUGGCGAAUGGCGCUUCAUGGACUGUGCCCUUGCCAAUCCUACAAACCCAACAAGAAGCAACUUCAUCACCAACAAUUCUUCCGUCGCAGAGAGCUGGUACUUCCUCGCACGUCCCCUUGAGCUUUGCUACACGCACGUCCCGCAAUACCCAGAAGAGCAGCACAUCUGCCCGCCAAUUUCACCGGAUGUUCUGCUCGCCUUACCCGCAGUGUGUCCACCAUUCUUCAAGCUUAACGUACAAGUACCAGACUACGAUACCAGUCUUCUCCGCAUUGAAGGGUUAGAAGUGAUGCAAAUCCGCAUGGUUUUGCCGCCGGAUGUUGAAUGCGCCGCAGAGGUUGAAGCGCCCGCCUUUGCCCGUGAUGCAGACGGCGACUUCUUCGAGAGCGGAGACAUCGUGCGGAAACGUGCAUUGGUCCAGCCUGACUGGUUCCGAGGCCAAAAGCGCAUCACCAUCAAGGCUGUUCUCCCCGGCGACGAAGGUCAGGGUGUGCUGAAGAUCUACGCCGGCAAGAAGGGACUGAUGCACACCAGCCGAGAUAUCCCACAUCCUCUGGCACUGGCCUUGCCCAUGCUCCAUACGGGCGAGAAUCCCUCUUAUGACUUUGUGCUUCGUCACCCUACCCCUCACGCGCAGAGACACGACCUAUACAUCAUGCAGCCUCAAUGCUCACGCCUAGCGGUAAACAAUACCUUCGUGUUCGCAGUCAGACAGCACCCCUCUGCCCCUGGCUCCGCGCAAGACGACAAAGCCUCAAAUGGUCGAGGAUCACCAACCUCUGUUUUCAACCGUCCUUCCAGUGCUUUGAGUAUGGUAUCCAGCAAUGCAGGAGGAUCGACGGUCUCUGGGGCGUCCAAUGAGUUCUCCGCGUCUACCUCGGCUAUCUCAUCAGGCAAAUCCACAUCGGGACGUGAUAAAGCAGCGAAGCUGGCGAUUCAGUCUCCGUCUGGCAAGAUUCUUCGUCUCACCCGCAAGGCUGAUCAUAUGAUCGGCGGUGACACAGGUGCUGAAACGAUGACCGAUGCCGCUGCCGAGGGCAGUGUAUGGGAAACCGUCAUCAAGAUCGGUGAGCGCGGCAUGUGGCGUGGCUUGGUGCUGGCCGAUCGAGCUGCCCGGUGGUGUGUAUUUUGCGAAUGGGAAUGCGUUUGA